AUGACGGAGCGAUCCCUUCCAGUGACGCUCCCUCUUCCUCGAAACUUUGCGCUCACACCGCACCAGAUGGCCUCGCCAGACCCGCCACUCCCAGGCCCAGCCAACCUCGUCGACGACGCACUCCGACACCCAGACUCGGCGCCGCCCAUCUCGCCCGACUCCGCGCCUCCUUCGACUGCGACUCGGCCCUCUGCUCUCUCGCGCGGAGAGCUCUCGACCGCUUCGAGCUACGCGAGCGAGGUGUCGACGAGGGAGGGGACACCGGAUCUGGCGAAUGGGCAAGGGGUUACGACGACCAUCACGACUGUCACAGGCAAAGGCGGAAAGGCCGUCACCCAGACCCUCACCCACGUCGGCGCCGCCUCCGUCGACGCCCGCUUCUCCUCCACCACAAACUCCAUCACUCUCCGCCCUAUCCCCGCCCGUGGCGGCGACCCGAAAAAGAUCAAAGUCCUCCGCUCUCGUCGGACCCACUUCGCCCCACGCACCUCACACUUCGACCGUCACAACCUCACCUCCGCCUCUGACCCGUUCCGCGGACUGUACACGUUGUUCUGGAUCGUGAUCUUCGUUGGGGCACUCAAGACUGUGUAUCAUCGGUUUGCGGAACAGGGUGGGUGGGGUGGAGAAUGGAGGUUUGCGGCGUUGAUUAGUCGCGAUGGGUGGGUUCUGGCGGUUAGUGAUGCGGUGUUGGUUAGCGCGUCGUUGUUGUGCGUGCCGUAUGCAAAGCUCCUCGUACACGGCUGGAUCCGGUACCACGGCGCAGGCGUCAUCAUCCAACACAUCUGUCAAACGCUCUACCUCGCCAUCGCGAUCCGCUGGACCUUCCACCGCAACUGGCCCUGGGUCCAAAGCGGUUUCAUGACCCUCCACGCCCUCUCGAUGCUCAUGAAGAUCCAUAGCUACUGUUCUCUGAACGGCGAGCUUUCGGAGCGGCGGAGACAGUUGAAGAAGGACGAGAAGCGGUUGGAGGAGGUGCUGGAGGAGAUGGGUGGACGGAGGAAGGCGGAGAGGGAGGCGAGGGAGGAGUGGGAGAGGCAGUGUGGGGAGGCGGCGAGGGCCAAGGAGGGUGAGGCGGGAGUGAGCGAGGGGGAGAAGGAGGCGGCGGCGACUCUAUCUUCGACGGAUGCGUCGAAUUCGGCCCUUUCGUCGGAGGACGAGGCGGCUGCGGCGCUGUUGCGGCAUCGACAGCCGACUGCUCGACGACGAUCCAUCUCGCCCUCUGCCUCACGCACCGGUUCCUCCUCCGCCCCCUCCGCUACCCUCGCCCCCUCUCGCGCCGAAGAACCCCAAGAAGGCGUUGAGACGCUCACCUGGCACCCAUCCGACCAAGUCAGCAAACUCGCUAUCGCCAUCUGCGAGGCAAAGGACCUCCUCACGAGUAACGGCAAGAAGCCCGUCACGUUCCCCGAGAACGUCACCUUUGCGAACUUUAUCGACUACUUGCUUGUGCCGACGUUGGUGUACGAGUUGGAGUACCCUCGGACGGAUUCCAUCCGGCCCCUCUACAUCCUCGAAAAGACCCUCGCAACCUUCGGCACCUUCUCCAUUCUCGUCCUCAUCGUCGACUCGUUCAUCCUCCCCGUCACCUCGCGCACCGACACGCCCCUCUUCGGGUUCGUCCUCGACCUCGCCCUGCCGUUCACGCUCGCGUACCUCCUCAUCUUCUACGUCAUCUUUGAGGGCGUGUGCAAUGGGUUUGCGGAGUUGACGAGGUUUGCGGAUCGGAAUUUCUUCGACGAUUGGUGGAACUCGUGCACGUUCGACGAGUUCUCGCGCAAGUGGAAUCGCCCCGUCCACGCCUUCCUCCUCCGCCACGUUUACGCCGAAACGAUGGCUUCUUACAAGCUCUCGAAGCUCUCGGCUGCGUUCGUCACGUUCUUGUUCAGCGCCUGCGUGCACGAACUCGUCAUGGCGGUCGUGACGAAGAAGCUUCGGCUGUACCUGUUCUCGAUGCAGAUGGCCCAGCUCCCGCUCAUCAUGGUGGGCCGCGCCAAGAUCUUCCGACAGUAUCCAGCGCUCGGCAACCUCUUCUUCUGGCUCGCCCUUCUCUCGGGAUUCCCGCUUCUCGGGACGCUGUAUCUGCGGUACUGA